CCACCUGGUUCUGCAAACCGGACUCACCAGGACUGGCGGCCGUUCAGCAACUUGCAGAGAAGCACCGCAAGAAAAGGCAGCCACCUCCGCGCCGUGGAGGACCUGGAGGGGGGUUCGAGUGAGCUCACUGGAUCGUGUCUCUCGCUGCUUCUCUUGGCCCCCGCUGGGUCCACGGAUUUCGCUGUUGGUGUUAUCACUCAUGGACCUAGCGCAGGUAUCAAUUACCUUCAAGGAUGUGGCAGUGAUCUUUACCCAGGAUGAGUGGGGGCAGCUGAAGCCUGCCCAGAAAACCCUAUACAGAGAAGUGAUGCUGGAUACCUGUAGGCUCCUGGUCUCUCUGGGAUGUCCAGUUCCCAAAUCAGAGCUGAUCCACCUACCAGAGCACAGGCAGGAGCGAUGGCUGGUGAAGAGAAGCCUCUCCCAAAGUGUCUGUCCAGGAGCCAGAGCAAAAUCAGAGACUACAGAGUCAACCACUUCUCAGCUGUUCUUGUCUGCGGGACCCUCACUUCAGUUAUGGCUGAGACAGGGAGCUUCAAGGAACUCCAGGACUGGAAAAACCAAAACUCAAGAAGGGCCAUCAGAAUUGCAGGAAGGAAUCUCAAGGCCAGUGACAGAGCCCCACAAGAAGACUGGCACUGGGAAGAUGAACCCUAAAUGCAAUGAGCUUGGGACAGAUGACAGUGUACACUCAAGGGUUUUCCAGGAGCGAGUCUCUUUAGUAGGUGUUCUCCAUGACAGUCAUGCACACAGACGAGUUAAAGACCCCAUGAAUCAAGCAGGGAAGAACCGUUAUGAAUACAGUGAAUGCCAGAAUGUCAUGAAUCGGGAUCUUGUACAGGACUGUGUCCAUGCCAAAGCAAAGCUCUAUGAGUGCAUACAGUGUAGGAAGACCUUCAGGUGGACAUCAGACCUCAUGCAGCACCAACAAAUUCACACUGGAGAACAGCCUUUUGAAUGCAAAGAAUGUGGGAAAACCUUUUGCAACAGUUCUGCUCUCAGGCGACACAUGAAGAGUCACACUGAAGAGAAGCCCUAUGAGUGUAGUAAAUGUGGAAAGGCCUUCCUCAACCAUUCUAAUUUAAUUAAGCAUUGGAAGACCCACACUGGAGAAAAACCCUUUGUAUGCAAAGACUGUGGGAAAGCCUUUUGCUACAGAUUUAAUUUGAGCCAACACAUGCAGAUUCACACUGGAGUGAAGCCUUACGAGUGCAGUGAGUGUGGGAAAGCUUUUUGUCGCAAGUCACACCUUACGGAGCACAGGCGGAUUCACACAGGAGAGAAGCCCUAUGAGUGCAGUAAAUGUGGAAAAUCUUUCUCCUUCCACUCUGGUUUUGUCCAACACAGUUGGAUCCACACUGGCGAGAAACCCUUUAAGUGCAAAGAAUGUGGGAAAACCUUUUGCUCCAAGUUUAAUUUGUGUCAACACAUGAACAUUCAACACAUUGGAGGGAAGCCCCAUGCAUGCAAUAAAUGUGGAAAGGCCUUCGACCAACUCUCAUCUUGUAGUCAUCAUAUGACUCACACCAGAUAAAAAGCCUUUGCGUGCAAAGUCUGUGGGAAAGCCUUUUGCUAUAACACUACUCUAUUUCAGUAGACACAUGAUGAUUCACACUGGAGAGAAGCCCUGUGAGUGCGUCAAGUGUAGGAACGCUUUCAUUCUCAAGUCCCACCUCAUUAAACACCAACAGAUUCACAUGAGAUAAGCCAGGAAAUGUGGAAUUGCUUUCACUUAAUAUUCAUCUUUAUCCAGCAUAAUAGGAUCCUCACUGUAGGAAAUGGUAUUUUUUACUACUUCAUGAAAUAACCAAAAUGCCUCCUUUGCUCUCAUGUUCCCAUGGUUAAAUCCUCUCAUUCACCUCUCCCUUGCACCACCAUGGCCUGUUUUCUCCAAGGCUGCUGGCUCCUGGCAGGCCUGUGAGGUGUUUCCUGCGUAGGGUAGUGCUCUGGAGCCAUAACACGUGGUGUCAAAUCCCAACUCUGCUGGCUAGGAGCUGUAUCGCCAUGGGCGGGUUACUAAAUUUCCCUCUGCUUCAGUUUCCUCAGUGGUAAAAUGGGUAAUUUAGUAAUGUAGCACUUACUUCACAGGGCUGUUGUGAGAGUAAAUGGUCUCAUGUAUGACAAAACUACGAUAGAAUUUGUUGCUGAGUGAGUGUGGAUUGGCUGUUAUGACUCCACUGUGUCAUGGCUGGAUUCAAGAUCUUUCUGGAGCAAUUUUUGAGGUUUUUGGUUAAACAGCAUAGACACCAGAGACGGUCAGACCGAGAUUCCCAACUUGGAUCAGGUGCUUACCAUUUUCACCCAUUUCAGUAAAUCAAAUUAUUUUCUUGACCUUCUUUAUCUUCCUUUACAAAUGGUGCCUUUCAAGGAAUCUGCAUCAUUAGGAGCACCUAGAAUGAAUUAUUUCAUUCCGUUUUACUUAGGAUGUAAAAAGAGUCUAAAACAUAAAAAGCAACAUCAGCAAGGUAGUGGAACAGGAGGUGCCAGCCUUCAUUCUGUCACAAACUCCAAUUUGACAAUGAUUCACACACAAAAAUGCCUUCUCGAAAGCUCUAGUAUCCAGGUGAGAGGUUUCAGCACUCAGGUAGAGCAAAGAAAUGAGAAAAGAUGCAUGGUAGAUAGGAUCAACAAUUUCAGUUUACUUCAUCACCUCUACCUAAAUCCAUUUAGAUAAGCACUGAGAGAGAGAGUCUCUCCACUCAGAAGUUCUCUUGUGGAAAAGUGAACUGUUUGACUUUGUAAAGCCAGGGUCCAGGCCCGCCCCAGCAGACCUGGGUUCCAGCAGUUUCCAGGGUUACUGCAGCUCCCACCCACCUACCAUCCUAGUGGCCUGCACCCAGAGACCCAGGCUUAGUCCUUCCCCAGUGCACCCUGGGGCCGAGGUACUCCCCUCAGACUCAGGUUCCAGACCUACGUGCCCAGUUUCCAGGCCGGGCCCUCUGGACCAGCAUCCAUGAACACAAGCUGUAGGCCCACCCCAGUUGUUCCUGGCAUCAGGCCACCCCUCAAUCUCAGAUUCUAGACCCAGCUCUAUGGGCCCAGGUUCUAUUCUACCCCAUAUGACCCAGAUGCCAGGUCAGCCCUGGGAGACCCCGGCUCCAGGCCUGCCACAUUGGUUCCUGGUUACAGGCCAGAUCCUAUGCAUUCAGGCCUGCUGCCGAGGCUUAGGCCCCAGGCCCACCCCAAUGCUAGGUCAAGCCCAGGCUCCUGGCCCGCCCAUAUGGAUAGGCUAUGUGAUUAGGUACUUGACUGGCCCAGUGCCGUGGUCUCGGUGAUUGUGUUGGUGUCAGGCCAGCUCCUACAGACCCUGGCACCAGGCCUUUCAACCCAGGGACUCUGGUACCAGGCUUUCCUGAGAAAUCCACCAGCUGCCUCUCCCAGAAUGUCUGCACAAUCUGAUUGGUGAAAGGCUUUCCAUGUUGAAGCCUAUCUAUUGUUACUGGAAGAGGUAACUUGUUUAAAUUUGCAGACACCAGUGCAAGGCUGCUGGGAUUAUGAACAAUCAAGAAAACAGUGCCACCAAAGGAAUGAAAUAAAGCAUCAGUAACUGACCCUAAAGGUGUGGAGAUCUACAAAAUAGACUGAAAAAAUAAUUAUCUUAAGGAAGUUCCGUGAGCUCCAAGACAGCUAAGCAGAUAGACAGCUAAGCAAAAGCAGGACAACUGAACAACACAAGAUGUUCAACAAUGGGAUAGAAAUCAUAACCAAGCAAAUUAUGGGACUGAAGAACAAUGACCGACCUAGCAAAUUGAAUACAGAGCUUCAAAAGUGAACUUGAUCAAGCAGAGGGAAGAACCAGCGAGUUCAGAAACAGUCCUGAAAGUACACAGAAACAAAAAGAGGAAAGAAAGAGCAAAGAAAGUCUACUGGACUCAGAGGACACUAAGCCCUGACAUUUGUUUUUGCUUGUUUGUGUUCAUAAUGCAAGUACCUGACUUAACUUUGAUUGUCAAGGCAUUCAUUUCAAAGAGGCAUCUGCUUCAAAAAGAGCUAUCUUGAAUUAACAGAUUGCCAGCCACACAAAUAGCUAAAGAGCCAGGCGGAGGCUCCUUUGUUUUAGAGGUCUUUGUUGAUAUUAGGUUGGUGCAAAAGUAAUUGCGGUUUUUGCAAUUAAGAACCUUUUAAACUGCAAUUACUUUUGCACCAUCCUAAUAAUAACUGACCACUUGGACUACUUGUUUUCUCUUCCGACACUUUAAAUUCCCACCCUUAUAUUUUAAAUUCACCAAUAAAGAGUGAGCCUGUGAAACCCUAGGCCCCCACCCUCAACCCCAAUAUAAGCGGAACCCUACGUAUGCUCCCUCUACCUGCAAAUUUGCUGUGUGGCUCCAGGUGUACUGUGUAGUUUCCAGGUCUUGUAAAUAAUAAACCUGUAUAUUUUCAAAGUUUCCUGAUGGUUAUUGCUAAAGGGUUUCUUGCAAUCGUAAUAAGAGACACAUGGACUGAUCCAGCCACAACAUUGGUUAUUGAUAGGCUGAGACCAGAACAGAUACCAUCAAGCAAACCAAUAUACAGUCAGCC